AUGUCUACAUUAAUGGCGGAGCUGCGGCGCUUCCUCUUCACAACAAAUCAACCGCAAUUGAGAUUAGGGUUUCUCCGCAACUCAGUGAACUCGCGGCGUUUAUCGAUAUCUCGUCUUCCAUUUCCAGCAAUGGCCUCCGUCGAAGCAAAGAGCAACAGCCCCGACGUCAAGGAGCCGUCGCCUAAACUCCAGAAGCUCGACCGAAACGGAGUCCAUGGCGAUUCCGCACCGUUCUUCAAAGUGAAGAAGCUCUCCGAGAAAGCUGUUCUGCCUACGAGAGGUUCGUCUCUCUCUGCCGGAUACGAUCUCUCAAGUGCGGUUGAUUCGAAAGUUCCGGCGAGAGGCAAGGCGCUAAUCCCAACGGAUCUCAGCAUCGCCGUCCCCGAGGGAACCUACGCAAGAAUCGCUCCGAGAUCUGGUCUCGCCUGGAAACACUCGAUCGACGUCGGAGCGGGAGUGAUCGACGCCGAUUACAGAGGAUCCGUCGGUGUGAUUUUGUUCAAUCACGCGGAUGUUGAUUUCGAGGUGAAAUCGGGAGACAGGAUCGCGCAGCUGAUAAUCGAGAAGAUCGUGACGCCUGAAGUCAUGGAGGUUGAAGAUUUGGAUGCAACUGUUCGUGGUGAAGGAGGUUUCGGAUCUACCGGAGUCUGA